CAAACCUGAACUGCGUGCCGGUUGUCUUCUGUCCAACUUGCCUGUCUUGGUUUGCUUUUCUAAGCAUGUGAAACAAAAAGCACGACUUAGUCGUUCCUCGCCUCGCUCGCUGUGGCGCCCUACGGAGGCGGGCCAUUACGAGUUCAACAUUUUGGGAGACUUUACACGAGAGACACCUCCGUGAUUUUUUGGGACCUGAUGCUUACCUCUCAGCUCUGUGCUGCUGAACCAGCUGUGUGCAUAUUGUUGAUCGCCAUGGCCCAGGUGGCAGGCCGGGAGGACGGAGAGAAGACCACAGCGCUAAAGGACUUGCUGUCAAGAAUAGAUUUAGAUGAGCUCAUGAAGAAAGAUGAACCCCCCUUCACAUUCCCCAAGACCCUGGAGGAGUUUGAAUAUGCCUUCAAUGAGCAUGGUCAGCUCCGACACACGAAGACAGGAGAACCUUUUAUCUUCAAUGCACGAGAGGAUCUCCACCGCUGGAAUCAGAAACGUUAUGAAGCUCUGGGAGAGAUCAUCACUCAGUAUGUUUAUGAGCUGCUGGAGAAAAAGUGCAACAUGACUAAAGCAAUCCUACCAGUAGAUGCCACUGUGGAUGAGCCUUCUAGUUUUAUCUACCUAAGCCCCAAUGCCUUAUCCAACCCAUCCAAACUACUGGUUCUGAUCCAGGGCAGUGGUGUGGUACGAGCAGGGCAGUGGGCCCGAAGACUCAUCGUCAACCAGGAUUUGGACUCUGGAACUCAGAUUCCCUUCAUCACAAGAGCCAUGGAGGAGGGCUAUAGUGUGAUCGUACUUAACCCAAACGAGAACUACCUGGAAGUGGAGAAAAAGCCCAAGUCCUCCACCGGGCCAUCUCCGACCGAACCGUUGGAAGAACCCGUGGAAAAGAAGGAACGCAAAGACGACAAAGAUGGGAAGAAGAGGAGAGAAUUUUAUGAGAAGUACCGCAACCCCCAGAAGGAGACGGAGACAGAGCGGAUCCCUAUACGGGAAAAUGGUUCUUCUGAGGAGCAUAUGCUGUACGUGUGGGAUCACUUUGUGGCCAAAGCAGCAGCCAAGCAUGUCUUCAUUGUAGCCCACAGCUAUGGAGGGCUGUCCUUUGUUGAGCUGAUGAAUCACAGAGAAACCGAAGUAAGGAACAAAGUGUGUGCCGUGGCUUUGACGGAUUCGGCUCACAGCAUGUGGCUCCAGGAGACCAGUAAAAGCACACAGGACUGGAUGCAUCAGCAUUGUUGUAACUGGGUCUCAAGUCCAGAACCUCUGGACACCCCCCUGGACUCCAUGCUGCCAGACUGCCCACGCGUCUCUGCAGGCACAGAACGCCACGAGUUGACCUCCUGGAUGAGUUUUGACUCCAUCUUCAGGUUCUUCGGCGAGAUCGUGGAGGCGAAAAAAGAUGAGGAGGCAGAGGAGACGUUCAACACUGUUACCACGCGCAGCAGCUCCCUCAAAAACAAACACCUUGAUUUGUAAAACAACGUCACUGACUUUAUUGGAGCGAUAGUACAGAGCGGGUGGUUACGUUUUUUUUGCCUGUUUUUUUUUUUUAUUUUGCUACCCUCCUUGCUCUGCUCCCCGGAUGUCAUUUCUCCCCUGUGGCUGCGCGCACAAGCAUGAUUCUUGUAGUUUUGGUAAGAGACAAGAAUUCAGGUCAGUGUGUGUACAUCUCAGUAACAUUUUGCCUUACAUCUCAAUUAGAGCCAUUGUUGAAGCAAUAUGUGCCGUCGCGUUUGUGGUUCCGGAGGGCAGUAUAGCCUAAGAUGAUAUGGGCUAAGUACAUUGAUCUGUGGUGCACCUCAUAUCAGCUGCCCUGCAGUUAGAGGUGACACGUUUGUUUUUUUUUUAGCUUACUCAAUGUUUGUAAACUGCUCACCAACACCAAGGCCAUUGUUUUUAUGAUGCCGUUGAUGAGCACCUAUGCACAACUUUUAAAUUCAUAUACUGAGCUAAAUUUAGAAGCAUGCGGUUUACUUCAUGAUGUAUUUAUGUAUUCCUCUUCUCUUUACAUAUUUCUAAUAGAUGCCUCCAAACUGAUGACAUUUUACGGUACAAACAAAGCCAAACCCAGUACGUGUGGAAUGACUCGAGCGCGGGUCACUGAGCAUAUUCAAAAUCACUUAAAGUCAGGGAUCAAAGUGGAUUUAAAGGAUAUCUCAUUUAAACGGGAGCCAUAAGUCAGCUCUCAACACUGACAAAGCCUCAAUAGAUGACGCAUGUCAGGAAAUCCAAGAUCUCAAUAUUAUUCUAAGCCUGAAGGAUGAGGAAAUUAUAUCUAUUUUUUUCCCUACCGCAAAAGUCUUUUUCUUAUUCAUAGAUGUGACAAGUCACUGCUCAGUUGCACGUAAUCUUAAGUAUGUGACACAAACAUAACAUUUUUUUUAAGUUUCAUAAACCACUCAAGGCUCAACGCAUAAUGCUUCUAAUGUGUCGCGACAUUAGUCAAAUCUCAAAGCCAAAGCUAAAUCUCCUGAUAGCAUAGACAUUUUCUGAAAUAUGUACUUUCCCCUGAUUUCCCCCCGCCCCCCUCUCCCCCUCACUUUGCGUCGUGUCUAUUGUUUAACUUUUAGCUGUGAAAUCCUGUUUCUCCUCCAUGGCCAUCCUACGUGUGUGUGGCUUAAUGCGUUUGAGGAUUAUCUUUGUGCUGUAAUGAGACAACUGUGGCUGAUGGUUUCAAGGCCUAAUUUCCUUUUAAUUUGAUUCCCAUCUCUGCUGCUUUCUGCACACACACAAAAAAAAUGAUGUGCUUAUUAUUUGAUUUGAUGAUUUGGGUUUCCAGAUAGCAUUGCUCAUCUUUCUGUUUUUCAGAAAAAAAAAACAUAUCUGCACAUUUUUCCUCGCUCUCCAUAAUUGUAAAUUGUCGCCUUGAGGGAACAAACAAGGCUCGGUGCUUCUAAUAACAAGCCAAAGGAAGAUCGAACUGGAGAUGAAAGAGCAGCCCAAGUCCAAAGCGCAGUCUGCAAAGAAAGAAAAAGAGGAUUUAUUUUGCCAAUUUUCAUGAAAACAUUCUUUUUUAUGACCACAUUCUUCUUUGUACUCCUUCAAUAAACGAGAUGCAUUCAUUUUGGGGUUUUGGGACACAUCCAUGUAUUUAAUUCUGUUUUCAUUUCCUUUCUUACAAUUUGAAAUGUGAUGCAAAUCCUUUCAAAGUUUCUUUGUAGUGAGAUUCCGUCAAUGGAAGUCACUGUUACACAUUUUAAAUGCAAAUAAAGUUUUACACAUAGGUUAUGAAUUGAUUUUGCUGUAGUUGAGGAAACUUUUUAAAUUUUAUUUUUCUUUUUAAACUUGUUUAAAUGUUUUUCUAUCUGUAAAUAUAGUUCCUAUUGCACAGAAGUGGGUAUGAUUAACCAUAUCUGCUGAACAAUAUUUUUUUUCUUAUGAUGAAAUAAUACUUUCCUGAAUUCAACAAUA